GUUUUAAUCAUCAUCUCGUCCAUUUUAAUCGUCGCAGUUAGUCCGCUACUUAAGGGAAAGAGUGUAAAGUUGCCUCGACGUUAUCCACCAAAACCUUCCCCAGACCGUUGAUCUUAUGAUGUAAUCCGCAGUAUGACGACAUGGACUCUCUUUCGACGUCAACAUGCAAUCAAUAUCUUAUCCGUCGAAGCGGAUAAUGGAUAGAUCGGCAUCAAUGUGUCAUCUACCAGGUCUCUCUGUCCGCAGUAUUUAACCAGGGCACCAAUACUGGCCACUUCCCGUUCAAACCUACAAGAUUCAAACCACCAGCCCACACAUUCAUUCAUAACCAUCUACACAAAAGCAAUCAUGUCUGAAGGUCGUGAAUCUCCCUCGCCUUCGCGCCAAACCGGCAAACAGAUCCAUGACCCGCCAGGCUCUGGUCAAGGCCUCAACAACAAGGCCGACGACAAAACUGACAAGGACCCCAAGUCCCAGCUCGAGAAUCUUGAGUCGAAUCCCAAGGACCCGAUGGAAGAAGCUCGAAAGAAAAUCUUUGCCAAGCCCGGCGAAAAAUAGUGUGCCAAUUUUGGGGGUAUGCAAUACGGACUUUGGAGGAUGUAAAAGUAAAUAGGAACAUAUUACAUGUUAGAUGGAAAGUAACAAUGCACAAUCAAUGAAUCAAUUCGGAAAU